GAACAAAUGGUAAACGUCACGCGGCUGACCGGAAACGGCGUAUGAGUGGUCCCGGAAGUGACGACAAAACCUCGGUGAGCAUGCGUACGUUCAAAGCCCGCCGUUUCCGAUGCCGGAAUGCCAAACGUGACCGGUGUCAGCCAGCGCCACAUGUUAACCGGCGUCGUCGUGCGCGCCGCGUCGUCGCCGCUUUGUUCUCCAUUGUUUUCGCAACUAUCCAAGGUGAAAGGCAUUCGGCGAGAUGGACGACGAUGCGAAGUAUUUGGCGGAAUAUGCCAAGAGCGAUCGUUCCAAGUGUCAAUUAUGCAAGCAGCAAAUAAACAAGCUUAGCCUGAGACUCGCCGCCGUUGUUCAGAGCCCUGUUCAUGAUGGAAAAAUACCUAGAUGGUAUCAUUUCAAAUGCUUUUUUACUAAACAAAGGCCAAGUUCCACUGAUGAAAUAGGUCAUUUCGAUGAGAUUCGCAAUGAGGAUCAAGAUAAAAUUCGAAAAAAACUUGAGGAAUCUCGUAAUGCGCCUCCAGCAAAAGGUAAAAAAAGAACAAAGGGUGGCAGUGGGGGUGGUUCUGGUGAUUUCAGAGUGGAAUAUGCAAAGUCCAGUAGAUCAACCUGUAUAGGAUGCCAAGAAAAAAUAAUAAAAGGUGAAACGAGAAUAUCGAAGAAGGAUUAUGAAACUGAGGAAGCUAGGAGAUACGGAGGUCUGGACAGAUGGCAUCAUGUGGAGUGUUUCGCAAAACUGAGAGCAGACAUGGGAUAUUAUGGGAGUGGAGAUGAACUUCCAGGUGCCGCACAGCUUUCUAAAGAAGAUCGGCAAAGUCUGAAAGCUUCACUUCCCAAGAUGGCUCAGGGUGAUAUUCCUCCACCCCCUAAAAAGGUUAAGGAUGAACCUGAGGAUGCAGAAGAGGCAAAGUUGAUGAAAAAACAAAAUGAAGAACUAUAUGCUAUAAAGGAUCAAAUAUCGGGUCUUAAAAAGGAAGUAAUGAUUGAGUUAUUGGAAGAAAAUCAUCAGGGGGUUCCAUCUGGCACAUCAAAUAUCCUAAGUCUUUUAUCCGAUGUGUUAUAUUUUGGAGCUCUUCAACCCUGUCCAAAAUGUAAAGGACAACUUAUAUAUCAUUCUGGUUCGGGUUAUAAAUGCACUGGUAAUGUAACAGAAUGGACUAAAUGUGAUUAUGUUACACAGGAUCCGAAAAGAAAGAAGUGUAUAAUACCGAAUGACAUGAAGGAAGAUUUUCCAAUCAAGUCAUACAAGUCAAAAGUAAAAAAACGAGUGUUUAAGAUAACAGCACCAUCAUCGUCAAGUUUUGUUAAAAAAGAGGAUGAAACAGAUGGACCAAAAAUACAAGGGAAACCACGUCCUUUGAAGAACAUGCAGUUUGUUAUAUUAGGUCGUACACAGAAGGAUAAAGAGGAACUGAAAAAAGAAAUUUUAUUGUUGGGUGGUACUGUUACAACAAAAAUCCACCAAGAUCUGGCUGCUGUAAUUUCAAACCAAAAUGAAGUAGACAAGAUGAAUAAAAGAAUGGAAGAAGUUAAAUCGCAUGACAUUCAAGUAAUAACAGAAGAUUUUAUAGACGAAGCAAAAGAAUACACGGACGCUCCUAUCAUGCUUUUGAAAAAGAAAACUAUUUCCAGCUGGGGUGGCGAUAUUAAUGCUAGACUUUCUAAUGUCAUCGCAAAAUCUACUGCCUCCAAGAGUAAGAGCAAAUUUGAGAAAUCGGGUUCUGGCAAGAUGAAGGUUAAGAUAAAGGGUGGUGGAGCUGUUGAUCCUGAUAGCGGUUUAGAAAAUGUUGCACAUAUUUAUCAAAGAGGCAAAGAUAAAUAUACCGUGACGCUAGGUUUAACGGACAUACAAGCAAAGAAAAACAGUUAUUACAAGAUGCAAAUUCUGAAAAAUGAUCGCAACGAGAGAUAUCACUUAUUUAGAAGUUGGGGUCGGAUUGGCACCACGAUUGGCGGUAACAAGUUGGAUGAAAUGUCUUUGGAAGAAUGUAUAGAACAGUUCGAAUCGUUGUACAAGGACAAGACUGGUAACCGCUGGCAGAAUAGAGAGAAUUUUGUUAAACAGCCGAAUUUGAUGUAUCCGAUAGAUAUAGAUCAUGGCGAUCAAGAGGUUGCCUCUCUAGAUUCGGAUAUCAAGAGUAACUUGCAGAAACCGAUCCAGGAUCUGAUACGCCUCAUUUUCGACGUAGCAGAGAUGAGAAAAGUUAUGCUGGAAUUCGAAAUAGAUUUGGAUAAAAUGCCGCUUGGAAAACUGUCUAAGAAACAAAUUGAGCAAGCUUAUGCCGUUUUAACGGAAUUGCAGGAGAUGCUCAAAAAGAGUAACACAGACCGCACUACGUUGAUCGAUGCUUCCAACAGAUUCUAUACGCUGAUACCACACAAUUUUGGAGUAUCCGGACCGAAAAUUCUUGAAACAUUGGAAGAAAUUCAGACCAAGUGCGAUAUGCUGAAUGCCUUACUCGAGAUGGAGAUCGCGUACCAUCUUCUGUGUGACAAGACCAAUGAGAAAGAGAAUCCUCUCGACAGUCAUUACAAACAAUUGAAGACUGACAUCGACGUAUUGGACAAGACGAGCGAUGAGUUUAAGAUGAUCGAAAAGUACGUAAAGAAUACUCACGCAGCUACGCAUAGGCAGUAUGAGCUCGAGAUCGAGGAAGUGUUUGUUAUUAAGAGACAAGGCGAAGAACAGAGAUUCAAACCCUUCAAGAAAUUGCACAACAGAAAAUUACUCUGGCACGGAUCGAGAACUACAAAUUACGCGGGAAUACUGUCCCAAGGUUUGCGUAUCGCGCCUCCGGAAGCGCCCGUUACCGGUUACAUGUUUGGCAAGGGUAUAUAUUUCGCAGAUAUGGUAUCGAAGUCUGCAAAUUAUUGCUGCACGCACAGCCAGAGUCCAACUGGUUUAUUGAUGCUCUGCGAAGUUGCCCUGGGUAAUAUGUAUGAGAGAUACCAAUCGGACUACAUCGAGAAGCUACCAAAAGGAAAGCAUUCGACAAUGGGCUGCGGUCAAACGCAUCCUGAUCCACAGGAUGUCUACAAGACCGAGGACGGCGUUGAAGUGCCCUAUGGAAAGGGAGUACCUGCCAAGAUUAAAAAUUCGGCAUUAUUAUACAAUGAAUACAUCGUUUACGAUGUGGCUCAGGUGAAAGUACGAUAUUUGAUAAAAAUGAAUUUCAAAUACAAAUAUUAAGUUAUUUAAUCCAAAAUUGUGACGUUUAAGUUCAUGGUAUAAGUAAGGUUUUUUAAUAUUACGAGAUUGCGUGUUAUUCGCUACUAUUGAUUAAUAAUCAAUAUAAAUUCCAGUGAAGAGAGAGAGAGAGAAAAGAGAUUUCUCUGGUGUUACAAUUGUUAAACUCUAUAGCCUUUUUUUAAUCUUCAAUGAUAAUUUUUAAAUUUCUGUGUUUUUGUUUAAAACCAUAUGUAACUUGUUUAUGCACCAAAUAAGUGUUGCUACCUCGAAUAUAAUGUAAGAUCUAUAAUAAAUUUUUCAUAAAAUA